GACGGAGGCUGCCGUGGGGAGGGAUGGAGAGGGGAGGGGGGAGCGGAGCCGAGCGGAGACAGCCGCGGCGCUGCAGAGCGGCUGGGGCGGCGGCGCGGCUCCCGGUGCUCCCCCCGGCGAGCGCCCCGAGUCGGUGAGGGCCGGGACCCGGCGGCCCCCGGAGCCAUGGGCUGCAUCGGCUCGCGGACUGUGGGGAACGAAGUGAUUGCUGUGGACUGGAAAGGCCUCAAAGAUGUCGAUCAGAUCAACAUGGACAGCACCAGCUCACUGCAUGGCAGCAGUCUCCAUCGGCCUUCUACCGAGCAAACACGAACAGAUUUCUCCUGGGACGGCAUCAAUCUUUCCAUGGAAGACACCACUUCCAUCCUUCCGAAGCUCAAGCGAAACUCUAAUGCCUAUGGCAUUGGGGCCCUGGCCAAGUCAUCAUUCUCAGGGAUCUCAAGGAGCAUGAAGGACCAUGUGACAAAGCCUACCGCCAUGGGCCAAGGCCGGGUGGCCCACAUGAUCGAGUGGCAGGGCUGGGGGAAGGCUCCAACAAUUCAGCCACAACAUAGCCAUGAGGCUGUGCGCAGGGAUACAGAUGCUUAUUCUGACCUCAGCGAUGGUGAGAAGGAGGCACGUUUCCUAGCAGGUGUCAUGGAACAGUUUGCUAUUUCUGAGGCUACACUUAUGGCCUGGUCUUCCAUGGAUGGUGAGGACAUGAGUGUCAAUUCUACCCAGGAACCACUGGACUGCAACUACAGUGACAACUACCAGGAGCUGAUGGAAAGUCAGGAUGCACUAGCUCAAGCCCCAAUGGAUGGAUGGCCUCACUCCUACGUGUCACAGGGGAUGUACUGUCUGGGGUCAUCUGACGCCUGGGAAGCCAGUGAUCAGUCCCUCAUUGCAUCUCCAGCUACAGGAUCCUAUCUUGGCCCUGCAUUUGAUGACUCACAGCCAAGCCUGCAUGACAUGGGGCCUUCCCAACCUGCUUCAGGAUACUCUGCUCAGGAGCCUCCACCUUUGUUGGGGGUAGACACUGACUGGGCAUCAGAGGUUGGUGGGGUGGAACUGGCCAGGGGACCUGUAGAGGAAGAAAAGAGACCACUGGCCCCUGAGGAAGAAGAAGAUGCGGGAUGCCGGGAUCUGGAGUCACUUUCCCCACGAGAGGACCCAGAGAUGUCCACUGCUCUCAGCCGGAAGGUGUCUGAUGUCACUUCCUCAGGUGUGCAGUCCUUUGAUGAGGAGGAGGGGGAUGCCAACAACUAGCUUCUUCCCACCUCACUCUGACCUGAGGGGCAUGGCUGCAACCCAUACCCCGCCCCCCAAGCUCCAGCAGCACAGAUGAAACCCGGGCAGAAGACAGCAGGGAACGGGGAGCUUCCAGCCCUCACCAGGCCGCUAGCCGCCUUGGAAAGUGAAGGACCAGCAGGGGGUUUUAUCUGGGCUUGCACUCCAGAAACCAUCAUUCCAGGACCUGAGACCCAGGCAAUUAGGUGGCAGGGUGGUGGGAGACGGAGCCAUGGCUAUGGCUCUUGGGUCCAUGCCCAGGUUCGUCGUGCUGAACACUGAAUCUCAGUUUUUACACCCCCCGAUUUCGUCUUCCAGGAGCCUUGGCUGUGCUGUCCGGAUGCCUCUUUCCUCCAUUUCACUCUGCUUUCCUGGUUCUGUUUUCUCUGCCCAUGGCACCAGUGCAUCCCUACUGUGGGAAGCAGGCCUCAGGGGCUGUUGGACGUGGCUUGGCAGCAGACUACCUGCCUGAAGGAGUGGCCUGAAGGGCCCUUCUGUGUUUAGCAUAGACAGUGGGCCCAGCUCAGGCAAUCUUGGCUUUUGAGAUCCAAAAGGUGAGGUGGACAUGGAGCUGGGAUUGACAGGCGUCAUGGUAUGAUUCUUUAUCCCAAGGCCUACUCAGAGACAAGAGGGUCACUAAUGAGACAAAGAAUAAACACAGCCACGUGAAUGUCCUGUGGCUGGAAGGGGGACCUUAAGCCCACUGGGGUUGGCUAUUCCAGGUCUGGCUUCUCUUUCUGCCUUCUUCCAUCUGGCACCCAGCCCCAAGGAGGGGAAGAGUCUCAAAUUGUUGACCUAGGAUGCAGUGUCCCCAUCAGUGGGGAAGCAUGAGGGCUGGGCCCCCUUCUACCUUCCCAAAUUCUCUGGAGCUGUUUACACUUUUCUCUUUGCCUUUUCUACAUUUUUAUAACUUCUUGGGGACUCAGGGUUGAGCAGAGUGGAGUGGGGAGUCUGGUGCUGUCACUGCCUUGGCUGGACUGGGUGGCUGGCUGAGGGCCAGGGUGGACUCUGGCCGCUUCUGCUUCUUGUCAGCCGUUCCCAGGGGUCCUCAAUCCAGUGUUCCUUAUAGGAGUGGUUGUGGCGAUACCUAAGCUUGCCUGUCUACCCUCCUUUUCCUUUGAUUUGGUGUGAACCAUGGGGACAGGGAGCAACAGCAAGUCAGUGCAGUGUUGCUCUGAGGGUGCUGCAGCAGCCAUAGCUCCAAUCUGGCCUUUGGCAUAAGCAGAGUUUUGAUAGGAGAUGCCCAAGCUUGUCAUCGUGUUUUUCUCCUUCCUCCUGUCUAUCCAUGGCUCCAGUCCUAAGGCCUUGUGUCCUACUAUAAUGUCAGGGGUCCGAAACUACUCCCUUACCCAUCAAAAUGAUGAGGCUCACCGUUAGUGUGAUUCUGUUCAUCUGUGAUGCUGUCCUGUACCACAUUCAUACACUGAACUGUAACCAGAGUAGGUGUCCCUCAUCCUUCAGGGGAGGGAGAGCAUGGGAUCUUAAGGUCUCUUAAUAUAGGAACAUGGGAAUAAACCAGGAGAGCCAAAGUAGGUGAACAGUCACUUAGCUCAUCUAAUGCUGCCUGAAUGGAAGAAGAUACCUCGUGUUUGCUAGUGUGUUGUGGUUUAGCUUAUCAGGACCUCAUUUCUAGGACUAGGAAGGGCUAGCCUGCCAACCCUGGCAACUGCCCCUAACCCCUGGCCUCCUGUCCUAGUCCCUGGGAGUUUGCAUGUUGAAGCUAACCUAUUCCCAGGGUCUCUUUGCCUUGUCUACCCUGCUCUAUCAAUACAUUUGUCUCACCUCACUGCCCCCAGAUUCUUCCCCCAGGUUACCGCGAACAGCGAGUCCAGCGAGAGGUUUAUUCAUCUCGGUCCCCUUUGCUCAGGGCCCUGGAAAGUUAGGAAGAGUAAACUAAAGCAGCUUUCUUUCCCCCUUCCAUUCCUCAAGGAAGCCAAAUGGUCCCCACUGAAAGACUACAAAAGACCUUAAGAAACCUAGUAGUGUUUGUUCCUGAGCAGGGGCUUGGUUUCCCCAGGCUGCUGGCAUACUGCCAGAGGCAGGUGAGGCCCACCCCACUCUGAAGAGAGAGGAUGCAAGGAGCUGGCCCAGGACCAUUCUGAACUCUUUUUUAGAGGGAGGGAUCACCUCUCUGGUGCUGGGGCAGGGUGCAUGGGGGUUUGCUUCUAGCCUACUUUAAGGGGAGGGUUGGGGCAUGUGCAGGAAGAGGCUGUUGGGGUGGGUGGGAAGGGUUGCUUUUCCUUUGGGGUUAAAGGCUGUGCAGCACGUUUUACAGCAGCUGGGGAGCAGGGCUGUUUUUUAUAUUCUUGUGAAUGAGACUGCUCUUGCUGAAUGAUUUUUUAAGGGGGGGUACACUUUCAUUUUCAAUUGACUUUAUUAAAUGAAAAUCCAAACCUUCGAUCCCUUCCCUUCCAUUGCCUCCCCAGCCCACACACCUCCCUUCUUUUCCUUGUGUUAAGAAGGGAAUCGUGAAGGACAAGUUCUUACCCUUGUCCAUGUAUAUCCCACACUCUGUCUUCCAGGUCUGAGAAAUACCCAUUUUUAUGGUCAGUCUUAGCAUGUUUUCUUAAUGUGAAACCCUCACCCCAGGCCCAGGAAGGAGUCUAUGACAUAUAUUACAGAGAGAAUUCUAUAUAAAUAUAUAUAAGUAUUAUAGAUUAUAUACACAUGGGCAUGGGCUUGGAAGCCCCCUGCUAAUGCUCCUACCUAGGCCUCAAUGUCAGCCUGGGGUGGUGGAAGGAGCCCAUGUUGGAGAAGGCCAGAGGCUGUGUGGAACAACACUAAACAGAUGUGGUGUCAUCCUCUG